UGAAUUUUCUGGAAGGCGACUUUAAAGGCGCCGGGCCAGGGCGAAGGGCGUUUGGGUGCCGCCGCGGCAGCCGCUGUCCGGGCCGGGGAGGGGUGUGUUGGAAGCAGGAAGCGAGGCGCGCCGAGGUCGUCGCGGGAGCAGCUGGUGACCCCCGGAGGAUGAACCACAAGAGCAAGAAGCGGAUCCGCGAGGCCAAGCGUAGUGCGCGGCCGGAGCUCAAGGACUCGCUGGACUGGACCCGUCACAACUACUACGAAAGCUUCUCGCUGAACCCGGCGGCCGUGGCGGAUAACGUGGAAAGGGCAGAUGCAUUACAGCUGUCGGUGGAAGAAUUCGUGGAGCGAUACGAAAGACCGUACAAGCCCGUGGUUCUGCUGAAUGCCCAAGAGGGUUGGUCUGCGCAGGAGAAGUGGACCCUGGAGCGCCUGAAAAGGAAGUACCGUAAUCAGAAGUUCAAGUGCGGUGAGGAUAAUGACGGCUACUCGGUGAAGAUGAAGAUGAAGUACUACAUCGAGUACAUGGAGAGCACUCGGGAUGACAGCCCCCUCUACAUCUUUGACAGCAGCUAUGGUGAACACCCCAAAAGAAGGAAACUUCUGGAAGAUUACAAGGUGCCCAAGUUCUUCACCGAUGACCUCUUCCAGUAUGCUGGGGAGAAACGCAGGCCCCCUUACAGAUGGUUUGUGAUGGGGCCACCGCGCUCUGGAACUGGAAUUCACAUCGACCCUCUGGGAACCAGUGCCUGGAAUGCCUUAGUUCAGGGCCACAAGCGCUGGUGCCUGUUUCCUACCAGCACGCCCAGGGAACUCAUCAAGGUGACCCGUGAAGAAGGAGGGAACCAGCAAGAUGAAGCUAUUACUUGGUUUAGUAUCAUUCAUCCCCGGACACAGCUUCCCACCUGGCCACCUGAAUUCAAACCCCUGGAAAUCUUACAAAAACCGGGAGAGACUGUCUUUGUACCAGGAGGCUGGUGGCACGUUGUCCUUAACCUUGACACCACCAUUGCCAUCACACAGAAUUUUGCCAGCAGCACCAACUUCCCUGUUGUAUGGCACAAGACGAUACAGCACGGGCAGCGGCAGUGCAAGCCACCCCCAGCCACCCCGUGCCACUGUGUCCCAACCCUGACCUGGAGGGACCAGCUCUCGGGGAUCUUGAAGCAAGAGCACCCCGAGUUGGCGGUGCUGGCUGACUCCGUCGACCUGCAGGAGUCCACGGGGAUCGCCUCCGACAGCUCCAGCGACUCCUCCAGCUCCUCCAGCUCCAGCUCCUCCGACUCGGACUCCGAGUGCGAGUCGGGGUCUGAAGGCGACGGGACGAUGCACCGCAGGAAAAAGCGGAGAACGUGCGGCAUGAUGGGCAACGGGGACACCACCUCCCAGGACGACUGUGCGAGCAAAGAGCGCAGCUCCUCCAGGAUUAGGGACACUUGCGGAGGCCGGGCUCACCCCUGAGCCAGUGCAGAGACUCUCCCUGAGGUGGCUCCUGUGUGCGCUGUGGGCGGCCGCCCGACUCCGUUUUCACAUCUCCUGCUCCCACCUUCUCCUUUGUCUCCUUUGAAUUCGGAUCAUCCUUCUCUGGUCCAAGCUUCUGUCUUCGGUCAAAUGCUGUUCUUACCACUUGCUAAGAGUAGAGGGUCGAGAAGUUUCAGAGCUCAGAGAGACCGGAAACACUGACGGCCGGCGCGCUGCGGGGUCGGGGGGGUCUGUGCUGUCCCCUCUAAGCCACGCUGCUCGACCUUAAGGCCGCAGGGCUGGGAUCCCUCGAAUGUCUCGCUGCGUCUGAUUACUCAGCGACACGGGCCUCUGCUCUCCGGGAGCUGGUGGUCACCAGCAGGCCCCGAGGGGCGAGUGGAUUUGGAUUUGCAUCUGAGCCAAUCACGCUUGAAAAGUGCCACUCCUGCGCCACCCCCAAUGUGUCACCGACCCAGCCAGCGUGGGUGGCACCGCUCACCACCACGGGCCCGGGCCUCAGACGCGGGACCUUCUCGCCACCGCCAGACGGGCUCAGGAAUUCCAGCAGCGUUUUCGUGCGGUGUGUUUUGGGGCAGGGAUGGCAGAUCAGGGUUUCUGUUUAGAAACGGGAGAGGAGAGGUCCGGUGUGUGCUCCCCGCAGAAUUCAAGUUGUGCCCAGGGCCUGCUUCCGGCAGAUGGGUCUUUCUCCCCAUGUGAUCCGUAAAGGCAGAAGCUCUCGCUCUCUGAGAGACGUCACAGUCAGUGUCCCAGCUGGUUAGACCAGCGGGUGGGUGGCUUGGGCUGCAGGUCGGAAUAAACGCACACGUGGCGCUUCUGGUCUCGGGUAUGUUGAGGCUUCUUAAGGCCUCUGGUGUGAAGACUGGGGGGUUGAGCAGCAGGUUCCAUCUCUUGCCCUCUCAGUUGACCUGCUUGCCUUAACCUGACCCUAAGUUCAGCUAAAUUUAAAUAAAAGUGAGAGGGCGCUUGUCGAGGAUGUGCCCAGUGAAAAGCACUGAGCAGCCCUUUUCCGGGCGGGGUGUAGGUAAGGGCACGAACCCCCGGAGGGCGGCAGGAGCUGGCCCUGUAGCAUCCCAGGGGCGCGCAGGAGCGGCUGUGCAGGCGGCCUGGGACUGUGCGCUGUUGCCUCCCUGGAUCCUCCCUGACCAUGGGUAUAAUCUGGGGAAUCCAGGUCUUCUGUGUGAAGGUUAUAUUUUUAACAGACUGAUGAUUGUUUCUGGACCCUGGGUUGGUCACGUGGCUUGCCCCUAAGAGGCCCGUCCCCUACUUUGUCUGAGUUUUCUGCAUUCUCAAAUCCCGACCCAAAACCAUGGCUGGGUUGGAUGGAAAACGUCCACCAUGUUCCUCAGUGUUGGCGCCUGUCACCUGCCCUCCGUGCCGCUCCGCUUCCCCACCAGGCCCCCUGGGCUCAGACAGCCCUGCUUCCCUCCAUUCCCAGGGUGUGUUUUGGGGGUGAGUGAAGUCAAACCCUGAACUCGACUCUUUGUGGUCACACCUGACUGGGGUUCCUCUGUCUCCUUUUUUAAAAUGUUCAUACUCUCUUCCAAAACGCUUUUCUUCUGCACCCCAGUCUCGCUGUCGGGUAUCACGCCUUCCUCUCUCAUUCAUAUCAGCUUGUCUCUCAACGUCCGUGUAAAGAAAAGAAGCAAAACCAAAACUGUUUGCCGCCAGGGGGCAGGAUAGGACUCUUGCUGUGGCUGGGAUGACACGGCGGAAGUUUGAAUGGGAGAGACUAGCCUUCCUGAGAGGCCAAGAGUGAUUCCUGUUGGACAAACAAUAUCCAGAAAGAAGGGAUCCAGCCCACCUGACAGGCCUGCAGUCACCUCACCGGGAAGCGUCCGGAUCACACCGCUUCUCUGCUGCCAUUCGGUUCUUGCCAUCCCACGAGUGACGGAGGGACAGUCCUUGUUUUAGCCGGGCCAGAGAUUCCACGCCUCGCACCCCGCCGCCAUCCCCUGUUGCUGUGGGCCCCCCAAGCACACCGUUAGCGGAAUGAAGCAGGGGGGAGGUGGGGAGCCGGAGGGAGAGGAGGGCAGUGAUGGCGGGGUGCUGCAGACCAGGUAGAAAGGGGGAACCAGGUCUGUUCUAACGAUAACCGUUCACCCCACCUGGUCUGAGCCGCCGCCUCCCAGUGACAUCGACAAUAGUAGGGAUUUUUCUCCAACUGAAAAACCAGCAAUCUGGGUCCUGGAAGAAGGACUCUUGGGUCCGAAACUACUGACGGGGACAAGCAGGGUCGAAGAAGACCGUGUGUGGCUCCGGGGCUUUGGGAGCCAGCACCAAAGACUUUACCACCAGCCUGAAGGACCCGGUGUUGCGCACGGGUGUCUCUGGGCUCAUUAGUAGUGCUGGGAUAUUCAGGGUGACACCUUUGAGGGGAGAGCCACCCAGCCCAGGGAUGUUGUUCCAAUUUGGCUUAGGCUUGCAGAUGCCCGUUUAUGAAUCAUCCAAGUGUUCAGUCCGCGUUUGAGAGGCACUGUUCUGGGGGCUGGCCAUCAGCUGGGACAAGCGCAGGUCCCUCCCCUCGUGCAGCUAAAAGGCCGUGUGCCGUGCACGCUUCCCAAGGGUCACUGCUCAGGCUAGGUGGGGUCACACACAUGCAUUUCCAUGACCAGAAAAGCAAGAUGAGACCUUACUAAAUACAAGUCUAUGAGAUCUUCCUAAAAGAACAUAAGAACAUCAAGUUAUGGUCUCAGUAUUCGGUUUUUCUCUAUAUCAGCUACAGAUAUUUAAGCAUCGGCAAGAAAGGUGCUGGUGUGAAUGCUUUAUGAACUUAUUAGAGGUUCAGUCUGGUCGUGACAUAGGAUUUUAGACAAGAGUGUGGGACAGAAUAGGAGUUUUGCGGGAAGUGUUGUAAAAAGUGCUUUUAGGACGUAGGCGUGUAUGUGCACAGCUGUAGGUUCCUUGAAUCGUGCAUAGCGUUUCCACAAGGUGUUUGUCGUGUGUGCCGGGUAGUGCGGGUGGUUCCCUGUGUGGUUUCUCCUCAUACGCCCUCCUCCCUCCCUGCCUUCUGUGAAGAUGUUCCACUGAUGUUACCUUAGGCCACAAAACUAGAUGAACCUCGCGCCUUGGCACCCUCGGGUGGUGGCUCUCUACUCUUGUCUCAUUGUUCAAAAACUUGAGGCAUCUAGUCCUCACUGAAAGUCCCAUGAGAACUGGCCCGGCCUGCUAUCUUCAAGGUGACUGGACGGUGCUGAAGAACUGGGACCAUGCAGAGUCCUUGUGCCUCUGGCCGCUGCCACAGAGACACCCAGCAGCCCGCUCCGUCUGCUUCCGUCUCGCCGUGCGCUCCACCACGGGCUGCCUAUGGCUCCGCCGUUUGAUGGGUGGUUUUAACUUUCACUUGGAUGAAACUUGUUCAUCAUUUUAAAUAAAGCAACUUGGUUUGGA